AUGCUAUUGCACAGUGAUAUUAAAACGAAGCCAACUGCUGAACUUGUUUUGAAAUUUGUAUCAAUUUCGACAAAAGUUGCAGAAUUGGCUUAUUCAGGUUGUCUUCAUGUAACCAUUCUCGGCAGCGUGGUGGAAACAGCAGAAUUUGGAUUGAAUGGAAAAUCAUUCGAUCAGCGAGGUGAAACCCUCCUAAGAGAGUGGGUUAAUCGAGCUGGAGACGGUCGUGUUGUUUUUGCUAUCGGAAAUGGCAAAGCAUCGUUGGAGACUCAAAUGGCUGUUGCUACAAUGAUCCGAUGCGGGAAGUUUGGGACGCACAUUGUUAGCACCGUCCCAGAAAACGGAGCAUCGAAAUACAGUAUAACUCCGCUAGCGGAAGAGGAUUUGCCGAAUAUGCCUCCGACUCAAAGAAGCGCUGUGUCGAUUGGGCGUAGAUUGAUUGAUCCUAUGGCAGAAUAUGUAAAAAUUGAGCCGAAACAUCUUGGAAUGGGAAUGUAUCAACACUCUGUAAAUGCAAAGAAGCUCUCAGAAGCGCUUGAAUUAGUUGUGAGAGAAUGCGUGUCCAUGAGAGGUGUUGACGUCAAUGUGGCAUCUGCUCAACUUCUGGAGAAGGUUUGCGGUUUGAACAAGAAAACUGCUGCUGGUUUGGUUGCCCUUCGCGAACGAAUGGGAAGGAUACAGUCAAGAGAAGAAAUGAAAGGAGUGAAGGGUCUAGGAGCAAAGUCUUUUGAACAGUGUGCUGGUGAGUUUCUAAUAAUUAUUUUUGAUCCAACAGUUUUGUCAUUCCAUCGUUGA